AUGCCCUGGAAACAACCUAUUAUCGGCAAUCGCACAGUAGCAAUUCUAGGUGCCGGUGUGCUCGGCCGUCGAAUUGCCUGUGUGUGGGCUGCAGGAGGAUACAAUGUCGCGAUUCGGGACCCGAGUGCGGAUCAACGGACCUCGGCCAUUAAUUUCAUCGACAAUAAUAUCGCCAGCUUUUACAAAACCUUUGGAAACACCAAUAUCAAACUAGGCCAAUAUAAUACAUACGAGGACCUGGCAUCAGCUGUUAAAGAUGCUUGGUUUGUCAUCGAGGCGGUUCCCGAGAAACUCGACCUCAAGAUUAGCACAUUUGCUGAGUUGGCUGCAAAAGCCCCCAAGGAUUGCAUCAUGGGUUCCAAUUCCUCCUCGUUCAAGUCGCGGCUUAUGGUGGGAAAAUUGAAUGAUGAGGAAAAGAAGCGCGUUCUAAACGUGCACUACACCAUGCCCCCUGUACGAGUCACCGAGUUUAUGACCAGUACAUUUACCGAUCCUGCCAUUUUCCCAUUCCUCGAGGAGAAACACCGGGAAGUGGGUUUGCUUCCUGCUACGGCACGCAGGGAAUCGACUGGUUUCAUUAUUAACCGUCUGUGGGCGGCCAUGAAGCGAGAAACAUUGAUGAUUCUGGCAGAGGGAGUCACUGACCCGAAGGAAAUUGACGAACUAUUUGUUGAGCUGUUUGGAGCCAAAACUGGCCCCUGCGCUGCGAUGGAUGGAGUAGGUCUUGACACCGUUGCUUUGAUUGAAGAGAAUUAUAUCAAGGAGCGAGGACUGCCUAGCUAUCCCGUUGAUUGGCUGCGAAAGAACUACGUCAGCCAAGGGAAAAUCGGAGCCAAGAGUGGAAAGGGUGGUCUUUAUCCUGCGGGCUACACCACGAAGAAGGACGUUGUCAGCCAAUAUGACAACUUGGCAGCCCCGACCUUGUACGUACUAGAUAUUGGGGUUGGAGAGAAUGUGACGAGCAACUUCUUCUCAUCUGGAAAGAUUUACGCUGCGUCUGCCAAUGGCAACAAUGUUCGGAAGCUGGUGGACAACCUUCCCUUCCCGGAUGGCAUCGGUAUCAGCUUGUCUCAGGGCCGUAUGUUCUGGAGCAACAUGGGUAGCCCAGCUGUAAACGAUGGAACUAUCGAGUCUGCAAAACUUGAUGGCUCAGACCGCAAGGUUAUUGUCCCAGCGGGUGUUGCGCAUACCCCAAAACAACUGACCAUCGACCAUGUCAAUGAGAAGAUCUACUUUGCUGACCGGGAGGGUAUGCGCGUGCAUCGCUUGAACUUUGAUGGCAGUGGGCACGAAAUUCUAGUUCAGACCGGGGACUUCAAUAACCCUGUCGAGAAGAGUGAUCAGGCCAGGCAUUGCGUCGGAAUUACCGUCGACCCCAAGCACGGCAAGUUUUACUGGACGCAAAAGGGUGCCAGCAAAGCAGGCCAGGGAAGAAUCUUCCGUGCCAAUAUCAAUACCUUGGCUGGAGCAACUGCAGUCACUCGAUCUGAUAUCGAACUGCUCCUUGAGAACCUGCCUGAACCCAUAGAUCUGGAAAUAGACCCGGAUACGGAAAUUCUCUACUGGACAGAUCGCGGUGAGUACCCUGUUGGGAAUUCGGUCAACCGCACCUAUGUCGGCAGCGGCCGCGACAGCGAGGUGUCUGCCGCUCCUAAGUUCGAUAUUUUGACUCGGCACCUACAUGAGGCUAUCGGUAUCUCCUUGGAUAAUGUGAACAAGCACAUCUACUUUGUUGAUAUGGGCGGGUCAGUUUACCGCUCCGAUCUUGAUGGUCAUAACAAGACCGUCAUCUUUAGCGGUAAAAAUGCUUUCACUGGUCUAGCUUUAACUCAUAAUUAA